ACUCCUCACACCAACUGGCUAAAUUUCUCGCAGACCCCACUAACCAGACUCUACAAAGCUCAGAAUAUAUGCACCACGCUAUACAAGCAAUUCGUCGACCCUACUCCUUCUUCGCUACUCUCACCUUUCGCUAUCCCCCUAACCAACAUGGAUACGUACAAAACUCUUUUUUUCAGCGGCAUCCUUCCGUUGGAAAUUGUCGAAAAGAUCGUCUCCUAUCUACCACUUUCCACAGUCGCCGAAGUGAUGAACUCGGAGAAUGGGAGUCUCGCUUUGAUGGCUCGGAGACGUUACUACUCGAACAUUGAAUUACGAUUCUAUCACCCUCCAAAUAAUGGAUCCUCAUAUAUGAACGAUAAGUUUCUCAUCAUGAGGAAUUCUGAGUUCGAGGCCUUAGUAAACAGCGAUAUGUUCAGCCAGCUUUACAUCAAGAAGCUCUUGAUAGAUGUAGAUACACACGUCGAUAAUUUUACGUUUCUCCACGAAAAAGUGUUCACCAAGGUGUCCUCGUUUGUCACCAAUGUCAUACUAAAUUUUGAUUUGGGGCAGGAGGAUUAUUCGGAAUUCUACUGGGACUGGUUGCCAUCUUCGCCCCUGGUUCAGAAGUGCAUCCGCGAAAUAUCUAUUUCGUAUGCUUAUAUUGAUCCGGACGUUCCGUCUUUACCCUCCAACUUACGCAAGCUUACCUUUCUGUACGACUUCCGAAAUCGUUGUGGCGAUGGUGCUAGCGCUCCAAGGAUUAUUUUUCCGUCGUCUCUCCAAGAAUUUGUUUCGGAGUACCCCUGGGGAUCGAUGUCAGUAUAUGCUGGCCUCCCUUCAACCUUACAGAGAUUAGAGCUAGUGGAGAUCAAAGGCUUUUCUACCGAGGCUUUUAAUGAGUUAAACUUACCCAAUUUGAAAUCUUUGCUAUUGAGUUACAUCACCCUUGAAAACUUCAAUGAGUUAAGAUUACAUAGCUUGAAAGAUUUACGUUUGAAAAACGUGUCAGGUAUGACGGAGAUCGACGAGCACUUUAUAUUUCCCUCAUUGUUGGAGAAUUUAGAGCUCUACGAUUGUAUAAUUACUAACUUCGAACGACGGAAUUUACCUCUGAGGUUGCAGAAGUUGUCCAUCAGCGGUUGCCCUUUAAAGAAAUUUCGUGUGGAUACGUUUCCAGACUCCUUCAAAGAGUUGAUCUUAGGCGGCACGGUAGUCAGGAUGGGUCCUUUAUCAUCUGAGAUUCGCAGUAUCAAAUUUCCUCCAAGCUUGAUUUACUUACAAGUUACACACACCCGGUUAUCACUGCUAGAUUUUGUCAACAUAUUACCAGGCUCCUUAGAAUCCCUCUACUUCCUUGAUAACCCCAUUGGUCGUUUAAAUGAAACAGAUGAAGAUAUAAAAACUACCAGGACAUGCAUAAUCGAGUUCCCCAAGAAUCUCCGGAAGCUUAAUCUCAGUCGGUGCUAUCCUUUAUUUAUCCUAUAUUCACCGAGAAACCUUGUCUUCCCUCCAAGUUUGACGGAUUUGAUUCUCGAGUCCAUGAAUUUGGCUUCAGUAGAGGAACUCGAUCUUCCAUUAAGCUUGAACUCAUUAAACUUGAGCUCCAAUAAGUUGGUGUCAGUUGACGGGCUCAGUCUUCCACCAGUCUUAACCUCCUUAAACUUGAGCUUCAAUAAGUUGGUCUCAGUCAAGGGACUCGAUAUUCCACCAACCUUGACCACCUUUAACUUGCAUGGAAAUAACCUUGAACUUUUUUCAAGGAGACUACCGGACAGCAUUCAAUUAUUGGAUCUUAGGAUUAACAAAUUGAAAAAUUUGGUAAACUUCCGCCUUCCGGUGAAUUGUACUGAACUUAAGAUCUCUUAUAACCCACUUCAAAGGCUCCAAAUCUCCAACGCAUAUGAUCCAAAUUUGAAAUUAAGAAAUAUUUGUUUAAGUAAAGUUUCCGUUACCACGCUUCGUGACAUCUCUCCCCUUCCGCAAUGUCUAACCAGCUUUUCAAUAAGCGACACAAACAUUGGCUCCUUAUCAGGAAUCCAGUUUCCGAGGGGACUAACCAGCUUACAUGCGUGUAAUAGCCUGAUAACUUCAUUGGAAGAUGUUGAGCUCCCACUGCACUUGGAAGAGUUACGUCUCUGGAAGAAUCAAAUAUCCAGCUUGGCCAAUGUCCAUUUUCCGGACAGUUUACUAAAGUUAGAGUUUGAUGAUAAUAUGUUUACCUCAAUCGAUGCAAUACAGCUUCCUCCAAAAUUGAAGGAAUUGUCCUUUGAGAGGAACGUGAUUAGUGCCAUCAGCGAGUUGCAGUUGCCCGAGUCUCUUGAAAUGUUAAACUUGGCGGACCAAAAGUGUGAUACUCUGCACAAUUGUGUUUCCACAUAUGGAGACUCGUCUGUAAGUUCUAGUGUAUCUUGGAAGGGCUUGUCGAGACUUUCUGGGCUAACAAAACUUCCACCAAAGUUGGGGUAUUUAAAUCUCGAGUACAACAACUUGUCCAAACUGGCUAUUCAACACUUGGAGUUCCCAGAUGGCCCGAUAAGACUAAUCAUCAGUGAUGAUGGAUCCGGUGAUUUUUAUCAGUGGGAAACAGAAAUCAAGCUGAAAUACCCGAGGAUGAUGGUUGGCUGGUGAAUCAGAAUCUCAGGACAAAUAUAUAUAUAUAUAUAUAUAUAUAUAUAUAUUCAUUAUGGCGCUUACAAUAAUGUAAUGGGUAGCGAUAGGGAGAAACAUUUACAGAGUGAGAUGCUUAAUGAGAAGUCAUAUAUAGCAAUCG